AUGCCUUCCGCUUCCCAGAGGAUUCCUGCCGCCGUCCGGCCACUCGUCAGCGAGAGGGCUCGCAGGACGCUCGACAUUGUCGAGAAGUUCGUCGACGAAGAAUGCAUACCCGCAGACGCUGUCUACACCGCCAUGCUCGGCGAAGGCGCGCAGAGAUGGAGCCACCCGCACAUCAUGGAAGAUCUGAAGGAAAAAGCUAGGAAGCUUGGCCUGUGGAACAUGUUCCUCGCGAAAGGACACUUCAAAGAGGGCGCAGGCUUCACGAACUUGGAGUACGGCUUGAUGUGUGAGCAGUUUGGCAGAUCGCGAGUCGCUUCGGAGGCCACGAACAACAGCGCGCCGGACACAGGGAAUAUGGAGCUGUUGGCAAAAUAUGGCUCGGAAGAGCAGAAGAAGAGGUGGCUGCAGCCGCUGUUGAAUGGGGAGAUCAGGUCCGCGUACGUUAUGACGGAACCGCUUGUAGCUUCAAGCGACGCUACGAACGUGCAAUUGAGCAUCAAGAGGGACGGGGACACAUAUGUGCUCAAUGGCCAGAAAUGGUGGAUAUCCGGCGCCGGCGACCCACGAUGCAAGCUCUAUAUCAUUCUCGGGAAGACAGACCCCAACCAUCCCGACAAGUACAAGCAGCAAUCUAUCAUCAUCGUGCCUUCAGACACACCCGGGAUCGAGGUCAAGCGAAUGCUCGCUGUGUACGGAUACGAUGACGCGCCCCACGGUCACGCGCAUUUGAUCUUCAGAAACGUACGGGUUCCGGCUGAGAAUAUUGUGCUAGGUGAGGGCAGGGGCUUUGAGGUGAUGCAAGGCCGGAUGGGACCUGGGCGAAUCCAUCACGCUAUGCGAUCAAUUGGAGCUGCGGAAGAAGCGCUUCGAUGGCUCCUGAUGCGAGCAAACGCCGAGCACAAGCAACCCUUUGGCAAGCUUCUCUCACAACAAGGCGUCAUUCUCCAAUGGAUCGCCAAGUCCCGGAUCGAGAUCGACGCGGCUCGUCUCAUCGUUUUGAAUGCCGCUGCAGCCAUAGAUGCCGGUGACGCCAAAUCCGCAUUGGUCGAAAUCGCUCAAGCCAAGAUUCUCGUUCCGAGUAUGGCUUUGGAAGUCAUCGACCGCGCAGUACAGACGUACGGUGCUCAGGGUGUCUGCCAGGAUACCCCAUUGGCCUAUAUGUGGGCACAGGUGCGGACGGUGCGGAUUGCGGAUGGGCCGGAUGAGGUGCAUUUGGAGCAGCUUGGAAGGCGGGAAAACAAGAAAGCUGCGGAAGCACGGGAUUUGAUUCAGAAGCAGAUGGAUAUCACGGAUGCGCUGAUGAAGAAAUAUAAUACUAAGGAGGUUGGUGUGUGCCAUACAGUGGGCGCGAAGCUAUAG